GGGCUCCCGAGGCGGCCUCUCGUGCGAUCCAGGGCGCGCGCGGCUGGGGGAGCGGCCCGGGGCCCCUGCUCCCGGCGCCGGAGUUCGGAAGAGCGCGGGGCGCCGCCGCCCGAGGGCAGAGCGCGAGCGGAGCGGGAGGAAGGAGCGCUCGCCCGCCGCCCGCCGCCUCUCCGGCGCUCGCUCCCCGGCUCCUGGGUCUGCUGGCUGCUCCUCCCACCCGCGCCCGCCUCCUCGCCCGCCCGCCCGCUCGCUCCCUGCAGCCGGUUUCCAAGCCCCGCGGUGCGCCCGGGCGAGUGCGGGGCGAGGGGCCCCGGGGCCAGCGCCGAGCGGGGGGCGGGGGUCCGGGCAGAGCGCAGCCGGCCGGGGAGGGGCCAUGUCUGGCGCGGGCGCAGCGGGGCCCGUCUGCAGCAAGUGACCGAGCGGCGCGGCGCGGACGGCCGCCUGCCCCCCUCCGCCACCUGGGGCGGCGCGGGGCCCGGAGCCGGGGGCCCGGAGCCCGGGUGGCGCGUAGAGCCGGCGCGAUGCACGUGCGCUCGCCGCGCGCCGCGGCGCCCCGCAGCUUCGUGGCGCUCUGGGCGCCCCUGCUCCUGCUGCGCUCCGCCCUGGCCGACUUCAGCCUGGACAACGAGGUGCACUCGAGCUUCAUCCACCGGCGCCUCCGCAGCCAGGAGCGGCGGGAGAUGCAGCGCGAGAUCCUCUCUAUCCUGGGCUUGCCCCACCGCCCGCGCCCGCACCUCCAGGGCAAGCAGAACUCGGCGCCCAUGUUCAUGCUGGACCUGUACAAUGCCAUGGCGGUGGAGGAGGGCGGCGGGCCCGACGGCCAGGGCUUCUCCUACCCCUACAAGGCCGUCUUCAGCACCCAGGGCCCCCCUCUGGCCAGCCUGCAAGACAGCCACUUCCUCACCGACGCCGACAUGGUCAUGAGCUUCGUCAACCUCGUGGAGCAUGACAAAGAGUUCUUCUAUCCACGUUACCACCACCGGGAGUUCCGGUUCGAUCUCUCCAAGAUCCCAGAGGGGGAAGCUGUGACCGCAGCCGAAUUCCGGAUCUAUAAGGACUACAUUCGGGAGCGCUUCGACAACGAGACGUUCCGGAUCAGCGUUUACCAGGUGCUGCAGGAGCACUUGGGCAGGGAGUCAGACCUGUUCCUGCUGGACAGCCGCACCCUCUGGGCCUCAGAGGAGGGCUGGCUGGUGUUCGACAUCACAGCCACCAGCAACCACUGGGUGGUCAACCCACGACACAACCUGGGCCUGCAGCUCUGCGUGGAGACCUUGGACGGGCAGAGCAUCAACCCCAAGUUGGCGGGCCUGAUCGGGCGGCACGGGCCCCAGAACAAGCAGCCCUUCAUGGUGGCCUUCUUCAAGGCCACGGAAGUCCACCUCCGCAGCACGCGCUCCACGGGCGGCAAGCAGCGCAGCCAGAACCGCUCCAAGACGCCCAAGAACCAGGAAGCCCUGCGGGUGGCCAACGUCGCAGGUAGAUGAACUGAUGGCCACAAAUACCUGAAAGAAAGCUCGAAAGACGUGGAGCGGAACACAGCACCGCCGUCCCCAGGGAGGCUGCUCUUGGGAGUGAAGAGGAGGAGACAUGAGGGGAGUUUGCUUGCUGUGUUUUUCAUUUUUGUUCUUAGAGUGAAAAAUAUUUUAGUACUUGUUAAAUAUGAGGGAGUGGUGGUGGGGUUUUUUGUGUAUUAUUUGGGAUACUUCCAGGUUUAUCUGAAAUGUCUUGUUAUUAUAGGUAAAAAAAAAAAGAGCACUAGACCUUUUGGUGUAUUUUUGGGGGAUACUUUUAGGUUUGUCAUCAUGUUGCAUCAUUAUAUAAGUAAAAACAAAUUAAAAAUAAAGGUAGAAUUUAUAUAGCAAGCUAUUCUAAGAUUAAUAGAAAAUGUUUGCUGGUGCGUUCCUCCAAGGAAACUUCCAGGGAUUGAGACGUUUAGGUACUUGUAGGGUGCAUGGUGCUCUGUGGUUCUUGAGGCUCGGAGGAAGGUGGCCUCCCCAAAAGUGAGGCUCAGAGAGCGUAGGUAACUUUUCCAAGUCAACAAAGCAAGUAGGUGGCAGUCCUGGGAUUAGAGCCCUUUUGGUUUUGCCAGGAGGCACCUGCCUGUACUUGGUGGGCUCUGGCGUCCCCAGCGAUCCUGUUAAAUGUCUUCUGACAAUUCACCAGGCAUUUGCAGAGCCCCGCUUGGGCCCACCUUUGUGCCAGCAUCGGGGGUUGACUGGGACAUGGUCCUCUUAACCUCCAGGCUGACCAGGCCUCUGGUGUUGGCAUCUGGUGGCCUGGGGAGGCUGGGAUGAGUUUGGGGACUGGGCUGGCCCGGACCAGCCUCUAGCACUGUGUACACCUGAGGCCUCCAUGCCCACACCCUGGCCUGUGCCAUGUUCUCCAGCACGUUGAGUGCUGCCUCUGCAAAGAUGCAGUUCGAUUCUCCCCCAGACCAAAAAGAAAGUUGCAAACAAAUGAACUGCACCAGCAAACCAAUUUCCCAACAGACUGCAGAAAUGACCACCCAGAUGCUAGGAGCCUGGCGGCUGAAAGCCCACCUGCCCUGUCCCCUCACAUUGGCCAGCUGUGCUGCUGUCUGAGGGGUGAGCCCUCAGGUCCCCAGGUGUCCCUGUCUUAGUCCCUGGAACUGGUGACUACAUGGCAAAGGGGACCAAGGUUUCCAACAGAAUGAGGGUUGCUAUCAUCUGACCUGAAAAUAGGGUCGGUCUGGACGGCCCAGGGGGGCCCAUAUCACACUGUAAUCACAGGGGUCCUCAAGGGGGGAGAAGCCCUCUUUACUGGGGUCGGACAGGUGGGAGUCCAGAGGCGGGCGGAGAGGGAAGAUGUUGCCGGCUUUGAAGGUGGAGGCGGGGUACAGGGCACAAGCUGAGAAUAAGGUACAGGGGACAAGCGGAGAACGCGGGUGACUUUUAGAAGCUGGAAGGGACAAGGGAAUGGAUUUCCCUCGGAGCCUCCAGAAGGGACACGGCCCCACCGACGCCGUGAAUUUAGCCUGCGUCAGACUUUGGAACUACAGAGCUAGAAGAUUAUACCUUGGUGGUGUUUCCAGCCGCCGUGCUUGUGCUAAUCCGCUGAAGCAGCCGUAGGAAGCCCGUCCACACGUUUGCCGAGGGCUUUACUCGGCCUGCCCACGCGCCGUCUCCGGGCCCUGGGUGGGCGGCGAGGCCAGGGAGGGUCUGCAGCAGGAAGGAGCCCGCUGGCUCAGCUCUUCGGCCCUGCCGGCUCCUGGGCCCGGGGCUGGCCCGGAGAGGCUCAUGGGCAGGUGCUCGAUGGUGGUUAGAAAUCUGGUGUCCAGGUGGCCGAGCAGCCCCCACCCCCAGAUGAACCUUCUAACCAGCGUCCUUGGC